AGCCCGUUCCUGACCCAGUUAAAAGUACGGUUGUCCUUACCGUAGCUGCCCCAUCUACCGAGCGCGUGCCCCGCUAUAGUGAGUACAUAGCGCGUUGACACGCUGCAAGACUAUGAUUUCUUUCUUCUCUAUGAUUCGCGAAGAUGUGAGAAGCUGUGACUGACCGAUUGGAACUGUAGGCCCGAAGAUGGACGACGUAGCGGCAUCGCAACAGCUCAUGGAUGAAGAAGCCCAGGCUGAGCACAGAAUGGAUUACAAUGAAGAAGACCCGUUAGUCAAAGGUGUUGAAGAAUCGACCUCUUCUGUGCGCAACAAGCGAAAGAGCGAUGGUGCGCGCAAAUCGAAGGCGUCGUCCACGCCGCAGGCAGCCGCUUCCCAGGCCGCCUUGCACAACCUGCCAUUCCCCGAGCCACUCCGAUCCUACUCCCUUUCGGACCUACAAGGCUUCACUGCUAGCGACGAGAUGAACAACGUCUCUAGCGGUUGGCCAAUACCCCCGCUGAAGUCGCAAACGACCAACGAUAUAACACCACACAACGACGAUGUCGAGGUGCCCGAUUCGCAGAUCGCACCAACGACCACUCACGCUCUCAUGUCACCGCCUAUGACUUCGAGUCUCGCUGGACCAGCCAGCACGCCAGAUAUGAGCAGUACCAGCCGCAAGGGAAAAAGAAGGCUGCGAAAUGAGAUUGACCCGAGCAACAUCUUGCCAGAAGAAAAGGGUUCAAGACGUGGUAGAAACACGCCAACAAGCGCAAAUGAGAUGUUCACAUCUUCAUUUUCACAACCAAAGCGCCAGCUUAGACGUUCGAGCAUUGCCACACCUACCCCACUAAGCCAAGCGGAGCCAAUACAUAUGUCAAGUGUGGAGGACACCAUAGCGGUAAUACCGCAUAGUCCUGUAGCUGAUCAAGAAGUUGGAACGCUUACCCUUAACAAGCGUGAUAACAAGUCGAAAAAUUUGCGGAAGAGCAGAGCUCGGGAAGUGAUAGGAAAUAGUGAUCGUGAUGUUGAGGAUGAGGAUGAGAUCAUCGAUGGCCGGCAAGAAGGUUCAGCGAGGGUGUUGCGACGGCCCGAGAGGUCUAGGCAACGGACACCGGGAGUGGAGGCUGAGCUCGAUUCUUCUUCUGGCUUAAACGCAGAUGUGGUUACCGGUGUUGACGGAUUCACCCCGGUCCAGAACGCGGAUGAUCUCACCAUCCACGACGAGACACCAUCUGCUCGCAGGAAGAAGAAGGCGAACAGCAUAGAAGUUUAUGACUGGCCCGCUACUGCCCGCAAGCUUGGUCAGCAUGUGGAUGAACCUUUCGCUUUCACAGAUGAGGGAGAAGUUGGAGAAAAUGCGGACAGCAGCCAUGCCGAACUGGAAAGUACCAGCCGAAGACGAAGAAAGGAAGUACAAACGAAGUCCGCAGACGAAGCUCGAGUCGAGGAUCCUGUGACGUCGAUGCCGGAGUCGGAUAUCGACUCAUUAUUUGUGCCGUUAGAGCCCACCUCGACAGACGACGAUUUCGUGCCUUUAGAGAAUUCAACAGGCGAUACCGAAACCCCCUCUAUGCACUUACCUGAACAGAAAGGUUCGGCCACGAAGCGAGAACACAAGAAAGCUCGCAAUUCUUCACAACGGAGCGAAAGCCGGCGACGCGCCCGCGCCAGCAAGGUAGAUCCUAGCAAUACACUCACGGCGGCUGAAAGAUCACUCAACACGGUCCGCGACGUCAAUCACCCUCCCAAUCUUCAGACGAGUGGCGACUUCACCCAAGAUGAAGAUGAGCUUAUUCGUAGGGCAAUCUGGGACUACCAACAGAGAAAGGGACUGGAUACCUCCGAACUUGUCGAAGUCAUACAGUGGAUCAACGAUACCAGGGAUGCUAGUACGCCUCGGCGCAGAAGUGACUGGGCCCCGCAAGAGGUACUCGAUGAACAAGAAAGCAGAGAGUUUUGGGAUGAGAUGAGAUGCAUCAACCUGACUCGUAAACCCGAGAAAGUCAGAAAACAUAUCCGAUCCCAAUACCAUUCAUAUAAGAGCGGAGGAUGGACGGAAGAAGAGGAUGAGCAUGUGAAGAACCUAUAUGAGCUGCACCCGAGACAAUGGAAGCUGAUUGCCCAAGUACUGGGUGAUCGAUCGAUGCACGAUGUGCACAAUCGCUGGCGAGAUUAUCUACAAUACGGCGAUAGCCGGAACACGAGUAAAUGGUCUCAAGAUGAAGAAAUGCUCCUCAUUCGCGCCAUCACUACCGUAGCUCAGAGAGAUGAGGACUACCGGGCCGAAGUUGGCAAGCCGCCGCUCGACAAGUACGCGAGCAAGGACAUCAACUGGGCGCAAGUAUGUAUUGAAAUGGGCAACACUCGCAGUCGCCUACAAAGUUCGGUCAAAUGGACCAAAAUGCAAAAUCGGAAUGAUCCACCUCAUAUAGAGUUGGAGAUCAAGCCGAGAAAAACGGUCGCGCGGGACCAAGAAGCGGAGCCGGUGGUUGAACCGACGCCAAGAAAGCGUGGUCGCCCUCGGAAGAGUGAGGCUCUGCAAACUCCAAAGUCGUCGACAAAGUCCUCCAAGGGACGUGGUCGGCCCCGAAAGUCUGGGGACGGCUCUAUCCUUGGAGGGGGAGAGUCAUCAAAGAAACGUCGGCAGUCUCGGCUGAAACGCGGAUUGAGUGUCGAAGACGACGAAGCGGACGGGGAGAGUUUGACGAAACAACCAAAGAAGCGUCGCAAACUAACGGAGUCACAUGGAACCGCACUAGAAGCACAAACGGCUGAGAGUGAGCAGCGGGCGACUGAGAAGAGCACUCCGCCACCCAGAAGUUCUGCGGUGAUUGGUACGCCAGGCGCAAGUCAGAUGCGGUGGGGUGAUAAGUUCGAUCUCAUAGAGGCUCUGCUUACUCGGGAGAAGGAGAGCGCAGAGAACAUUGACUGGCACGAUGUUGCAGCUGCCAUGCAACAGUCUUGGUCGGUGCGAACUCUGCAAGCUGCCCAGCAGCAGCUCUUUGAGAUGGUGAAGGACAAGGAGCUGGUGGAGGGUCAGGCAUCGUUUGAACAGAUGGCAGAAGCCGUCUUCAAUUUUUUGGUGGAGGAACAUGGCGAUGAGCUGAAGGAGCACCACGACCCCUAUGCCGACGCGGAGAUGGACGAGGAUGCGGGCGAGAUUGCAACGGCGGCUUUGCCCAACACGAAGCGGAAGCGUUCGCGAGGUAAGACCAUCAGAAGGAGGGGGACGCAACCAAAGCUCCCACCCAGUACUCCGAAGGCUUUCAAGUCGGCAGAGUUGAUUACAGAAAGCGACAAUGCGGAGAGUGAGGCUGAAGUUUGAUACGGCACUUGAUGAGUCGGAUAAGGAUUGACGUUUGGUAAGGCGUAAGCAUGGGCAAUCUGGACAUUGAUACCACUAAAAAGUAGUGAAUUUCAGGCGAGGAAGAGGCCACAAUAGUGCUUCAGAGGAUGGGGAUCAAGUUGGUUUCUUAACGAUUGCGGACGACCUUGUUUGAUAGUAGCUUAAUCGCAGAAGGAAUACUAUACAGUAUGUGGUAAAUGUGCUUGGGCGAUGGAUGGCCAACGUGAGACGUGACACACGGUAGAAGCACAAGCACG